GGCGCAGCAGAUUCAGUCAGACUUCACUCGGCUCAGGAAGAGAUAUCAGCCAUCUACCAGAUCACUGCAAAUAUCAGAGGCUCGAAAUCCAGAAAUCACAUUAAGCUUUGGAGGAAUACCGCGAUCUAGGUGAAUAGGGGGAUGUUCAGUCUUUCAUCGUAAGGCAGAUCGCCUUGUCCACCUGACACAUGAGGACGACUCAUUGUACAGGGAUCAUGAGGGCUGUGCUUUCGUGAGAUAUCAAAGGAUUCUGGUAAUGUGCCAUGGGGUACGACGUCACCAGGUUCCAAGGAGAGGUGGACGAGGAUCUGUUAUGUCCCAUCUGCAGCGGGGUGCUGGAAGAGCCAGUGCAGGCCCCGCAUUGUGAGCAUGCAUUCUGUAACGCCUGCAUCACACAGUGGUUUGCACAGCAGCAGAGCUGCCCUGUGGACCGCACUGUGGUGACUCUUGCCCAUCUUCGACCCGUUCCCCGCAUCAUGCGUAACAUGCUUUCCAAGCUGCAGAUCUCCUGUGAUAACGCCGGCUUCGGAUGCACGGCCACCCUUCGGCUCGACCAGCUGCAGUCACACCUCAAGGACUGUGAGCACAACCCCAAACGACCCGUCACGUGUGAAGAAGGCUGCGGGCUAGAAAUGCCCAAAGAUGAGAUGCCCAAUCACAACUGUAUUAAGCACCUUCGCAGUGUGGUUCAGCAACAGCAGACCAAGAUUGCAGAUCUAGAGAAGUCUGCAGCUGAGCACAAGCACCAACUUGCAGAACAGAAACGUGACAUCCAGCUCCUGAAAGCUUACAUGCGAGCAAUACGCAGCACUAACCCUAACUUACAGAACCUGGAGGAGAGCAUAGAGUACAAUGAGAUCCUAGAGUGGGUGAACUCUCUCCAGCCCGCUCGCGUGACCCGCUGGGGAGGAAUGAUCUCCACACCUGACGCCGUCCUCCAGGCCGUCAUCAAACGAUCGCUCAUAGACAGUGGAUGCCCGUUGUCAAUCGUUAAUGACCUCAUCGAGAACGCCCACGAGCGUAACUGGCCCCAAGGCUUGGCCACGCUGGAGACGCGGCAGAUGAACCGCCGAUAUUAUGAAAACUAUGUGGCUAAGCGCAUUCCGGAUGCUCAACCAUAUCUGGACCUGUUUACUGUGGUUUACAUCAGAACCGUUUUUUUAUCCAUCAUUUGCCACAGCACCUCUUGAUGAAUUUCAAAGAAUAAAGAGAGAUGGAACGGUUGAUUGUUUGUGUAUAUCGUGCACAGUUGACUCCUGGAUAAGUGGUUUAAGAAUUUAUUUAGCAUAUUUUACGUACCUUAUUUGUACAUAGUUGAUUUAAGAAUCAGUCAAAUUUUUGUUGUGCGAUUAGUUGUCUCUGCAACCAAAGUUUUAUUGUGUUGUAUGCACAUCGUGCUUGCUUUUUUGUUGUUGUCGUUGCACGGAUGCCGAAAAUGUAAGUGCAGCGUUUCUCAAAUGUAUCUUCGGAGCUAUUGUGUGUGAUCUGCUUCAGUGUUACAUAGACCUGAAUACUCAUUGCGUUGUUUACAGUAGCUUAUUUGCAAAUGUUGUUUAAUAAGAGCUGAAUACUAAGGACCCAGAAUGUUUUACUCUGCAAUAUUCAUCCAGGUCUAUGUGAAUUAGGGAGAAAUGUCUGCGAACUUUGCCUUAUCACACUUCAUUCGAUACUUCACUGCAUGAUCGCUGUGUAAUGUGUCACAUGGCUUCUCUGCACAUCGUCUCGCAAUGACACUCUGAAGCUGGAGAGAUCAAACAUGACCUAGUGUGUUUCACUUCUUGGUUCUGAUGGAUCUGAUCACCUUCCAUAUCAUUCAUGAAAUAAAAGUUGACUUUUUUUGUGUUCGAUUUUAAUGAAACCGAUGCAUUCUCAUAUUGGACACGCAAGACUUUCUUGACUCUCAGGUUUUAUCAUCUGAUGUCAGGGAUGAAAUGGUCAAAGAGCUCAUGUUUCCCGCUGCAGCAUUGUCCGUGGAUGUGGCAUUCUUCUGUUUUAUUCUCUUUUAUUCUUGCUUUUGUGUUGUGGGUUACUGCCAGAAUAUGAAUAAAUAUCAUUGAUUUUGCAAUA